AUGCGAUGGGUGCUAAACUUUAGCGCUGGCCCUGAGUCACCUGGAAAUAGCAUUCACGUUCGGAGGAAACGCCGUCGCCUCCGUCAACCUCCUCCCCCUUCUGGCAAGCGCGCUGCUCCACCCCGACCCCGCUGCCUCGCCGUCCUGCACCGACGAGCUCUUCGUCGGCGGCGUCCUCCUCCCGCUCCCCGUCCUGCCCCCGAAGCCGGCGUCGUCCCACGCGGAAAGGAGCAGCGGUACCUGCCAAAGCGUGCCGCCAGCUCUGGAGCCGGAGACGGAGGCCGAGCCAGCGGAGGCGUCACUUCUUGCAACCGUCGCUCCGCCCACGGCCUCCAUUACUUCGCCGGCGCCACCUGCCGCCGCCUCCACCGGAGGGUCCAAGCGCUGGACGGGCAUCUUCUCCAAGAAACCCGCAGAGGUGAAGGACAAGGAGAAGGAGAAGGAGAAAGAGAAGGAGAGGGAGAAGCGCAAGGACGGCGCCAGCGGCCGAAGGCAGGCGGCGCACGCCGGUGGCAGCAGGGGAGGCGGGGCUCGGAGCUGAACAUCAACAUCUGGCCCUUCUCCCGGAGCCGCCCGGCCGGCGGCGGGUCCGGGUCGUCAAAGCCGCGGCCGCCCGCGCGGAAGGUCAGCAGCGCGCCGUGCUCGCGCAGGAACUCCCGCGGCGAGGCCGCUCCGCCACGGCGGUGGGCGGCGAGCCCUGGCCGCGCUGGCGGCGGCGUGCCGGUGGGCCGGUCCAGCCCGGUCUGGCAGAUCCGGCGACCCGCGGCCAAGCCCGCGCCCUCAGCCUCGGAGCUGGCGUUUGCCGACAGGCGGCCGCCGCCGCCGCAGACGCACAAGGACAGCAAGCCCACCGGCGCUGCCGGCGGCGGCAGGAAGCCCGGCCUGGUCGGCGGCAUCACCCGGAGGAGAAGCUUGUCGCCCGCCCUCGCCGUCGCCUCCCUGUGCGACGCACCGGCUCGGACUCGCCGAUGGAGGAGAGGGAAGCAGAGGGAGGUGAGGUGGAAGAGGAAAUGCUUGGCGUGGUGAGGCGCGGGAGGAGGCGCUUCUGGAGCUACUUG